UCAGCUGAUACCAUCUUCGCCUUGCCCCUCCCCCGCCAGAGUCCGCGGCUGCCCUGCGAUCUGCGCCGCUGCCUCAAGCCCCUGCCCCCGGGACCGCGGCCUCCGUGACCCUGAAGCCCGGGACUGCGAAGCGCCCCGCGUGCCGACAUGGGAAAGUCUCUUUCUCAUUUGCCUUUGCAUCCAAAUAAAGAAGAUACUUAUGAUGGAGUCACAUCAACCGAAAAUAUGAGGACUGGAUUGGUUAAUAAUGAAGUCCAUAAUGAAGAUGGAAGAAAUGGAGAUGUCUCUCAGUUUCCAUAUGUGGAAUUUACAGGAAGAGAUAGUGUCACUUGCCCCACUUGUCAAGGAACAGGAAGAAUUCCUAGGGGACAAGAAAACCAACUGGUGGCAUUGAUUCCAUAUAGUGAUCAGAGAUUAAGGCCAAGAAGAACGAAGCUGUACGUGAUGGCAUCUGUGUUUUUCUGUCUGCUCCUUUCUGGAUUGGCUGUGUUUUUCCUUUUCCCUCGAUCCAUUGAUGUGAAGUACAUUGGUGUAAAAUCAGCAUAUGUCAGUUAUGAUGAUCAAAAGCGAACAAUAUAUUUAAAUAUCACAAAUACACUAAAUAUAACAAACAAUAACUACUAUUCUGUUGAAGUUGAAAACAUCACUGCUCAAGUUCAGUUUUCAAAAACAGUUAUUGGAAAGGCACGCUUAAACAACAUAACUAGUAUAGGUCCACUCGAUAUGAAACAGAUUGAUUAUACAGUACCUACUGUCAUAGCAGAGGAAAUGAGUUAUAUGUUUGAUUUUUGUACACUGAUAUCCAUUAAAGUACAUAACAUAGUACUCAUGAUGCAAGUUACUGUCACUACAACAUACUUUGGCCACUCUGAACAGAUAUCCCAGGAGAGGUACCAAUAUGUAGACUGUGGAAGAAACACAACUUACCAGUUGGGGCAGUCUGAAUAUCUAAAUGUCCUUCAGCCACAACAGUAAAAAUUGAAGGAGAUGUAACUAGAAAAGAUGAAAUACAUAUAAAUACUGUUUGAACUCUUGAGGUACUUCCUUGUAGGAGAUUUUAAAUUGAACAAACCUAAAGUUUACACUUUUAAUUUAAGAGUUUGGUUUAAAGUAUGUGGACUUGAAAUUAUUGCAACUUUCCAUUCUGUGUUACUACUGUAUUUGUACCAGGAUCUUUUGCUCGAAUGUAAAUUUACUGAUUGGUUUUCUUUUUCCCAUUACAUCCUCCAAAGGAAAAACUGAGACUUCUCCAAUAGUAUAAUAAAUAAUUAUUUAAAAGAUACAGCUUCAAUCCAUAGCUCAAUUGACAACAUAACUGUAAUGACAUAGUCUGAUUAACUUAAUUUAUAAAUGUUUUUAUAGACAAUUACUGAAAGCCUAUUCAUGGAAGACUUUCGAAAACUAAUCUUUUUUUCUGUUUUAUAAAUUCCCAGUAUUAUAUUUCAACUAUGUAAUGUUUUAGCUUUUAGCUAAGUGUUUUUAGCUGUUAAUUUGUUGAAAUUCUCAUUUGCAUAUUUUUGUCUUAUUUCAAGCUAUUAAUUGCAUAAAACUUAACAACCAGAAUAAUCUUCACAAAAUUCCAUACCUGAAAAAAAUUUAAAGCUCUAAAUAUAAUGUUUCAUGUAUAUUUCCAUAAUACUUACAAUUUUGUGAAAUUUUUGUGUGAUCUUGAAACAUAACCCUUUAAUGUACAAUAUUGUAAAUAAACUGCAUGGCUUUUAUACAGCUAUGAUAAAUGUCAAAGUAGUACAGAUUCAAAAUUAAAGCAAGUAGUUCAUCAAAACAAAUAAAAAUGGAAAAUGAAAUUCAGAAACAGAUUGCGAAUAGGUUAUUGUUUUAUGCUGGACCUGGCAUCAAAUAGAUUGGAAAUGAAACAUUUUUAUGCUUCACUUUUUUCAUGUUGCUUUCAUAUUAAAAAUUGUUUUGACAUUUUUCACAACUGUUACAUGCUCAAUCAGUUUUAUGAAUGUUUUAGGAGAAAAUUAUUUCUUUGAUAGAAAUUAUACAGAAAUUCCCACUAUUAAAUCAUGGUGACUGUAUUUUUAAAACCUAUAUUGUGCUUUUAAAAAUUUAAUCACGUUGUAUAUCACAUAACUAUGAUGUCUGUAGCAGUUAAAUUUUUAAAGGUUUCUACUUUUGGUUUUAUUUAAAAUUAUUCUCAAAUGUAAGUUACUGACUCACUCAAUUUUCAACCAUUGUUCUCCAGUUGAUCUUUUUGCCUUUCCACUUAACAAAUUCUAAGAACCUUUUACAUACAUACUACUAAGCAUAGGACCUAAGUGUGAUACCAAAAAAAAAAGUGGAUCGAGGUUAAUUUCUUUCUGUUCCCAGGUGACAGAAAUCUGGUCUCCCUUCCUCUACCCCUAAGUGCCUGACUUAGUCAAACAUAGCCUGUUCUCUCAAUUGUAAAACAUAAAUUUUAAUGGUUUAAUUUUGAUAUUUAAACACUCAGGUAUCCAAUUAAUUUUCGUACCAUUUUUUCCAAAUUUUCCUGAGUGAAAAUUACAAAUGAAUGGAAUGUGCUCUUUUUAAAUUGCUUAAUUUUUCCUUAACCCAUGGCCAAUUUGGCCAUCCUUACCAUUAAAUCCAGAUCUCUCCUUUAAAUUCAUUAGGAUGUGCUAAUCACACCCAAUAUUUGUUUUCAGCUUUCUUCUGCCAUGUUUUCUGAUUACUCCUAUUCUUCCUGCAACUGCACACUUCUUUGAUAUGUUAUGUAUUUUUCAAAUAGAUUUCAUUUUUCCUCAUUCCCUCAUUUUGAUAUGAAUUACAUGUAUGAAUAAUUUAAGUCCCCCUUUUUCUCAAAAUUUCUAAACCUGUGACUUAAAAAUUGUUUUUUAAAUUUUUAUUAGUACCUAUUCACAGUACAUAAUGAUUGCAGUCAUGUAGGAAGUUGGUAGAUGCAUAUAACACAUCUUAAUUCUUUUUACUUUCUCUUACUCUCCUCUCCCUCCAUCUCUGGUCCUCUUCCCAUUUGCAAAAGAUCUAUCUCCCUGUUUCCUAUUAUCUUUUAUUUCACUUUUUCAAUUAUAUGUACUUAGGGUUCCUAUGACUUAAUCACUAAUAUCUACAAGUAUCUACAGUAGAGCUUUCAAAUCUAUUUCUCCAUACCUGACACUUACCUGUGUAUUUUCAUGUUUAUAAAUGGGAGAUGCAGUAUUUCAGUAACUCUCUAUGUGAAAAGCCAAAAAUACUAAAGAAAUUUUAUUCUGUUUGAUUCCUCCCUUUACUUCAUGUCCCAUUAACAUCAAAAUAGCAUUUUUUCAGAAUCAUCCUUUACAUAAGCCUCAUAUGAUAAUCAGUACUUAUUUUCCUGCUUUGUGCAGUUUACUCUUGGCAGAUUACAUAGUGUAAAUUGAAAAGUUUUCUGAUGGAUUGUGGCCUGUAUGUCCUUUUACAGUACAUGCAUGCAUAGUAUCUCCUAAAGAAGCAGGAAACACUUGUCUUUAGUGACUUAGUCUCUCUUUAUCAUUCUUUAAAAUGAAAACUUUGUUACAUCUAGUUUCAAAAAGUUUGAGUCAGAAAAAACUAGAAUUUUGAACAAGUAAAAGACCAACGAAAAGAAAUAAAGAUUUUCUGUGACUACUUUCAGAGGUAAUUAAGUAACUACCAGAAUAAGCCUAGAACAAAACAGGCUAUAAUUAAUAAAACUAUAAAAACACAUUUUGGAGAAGUAAAUGUACAGCCAAAAAAAUCUGGAAAGAAUAAAUGAAGUUUUUCUUAUGUGUCCAGUGUGGUUUCGUACAUGAGACUAGGAUAGGUAUUUAUUUUUAUAGCUAAUAUUAGAUCUUAUCCAGGGACAUAAUAACAAUAUUACAAUAUUUUUCUGAUGCUUUCAUCUUUUUUUUUUUUGGUAGCGGGAGAUCAAACUUGGGUCCUUGUGCUUGCGAAGCAGGCAGCGGAACCACUGAGCUAAAUCCCUGGCCCCUGAUGUUUUCGUCUUAAUAGCCUGGUCAUUCUAACAAAAUUCAACACUUUAACAAGCCUCUGUGUGUUGUUAUUAUUUAUAUAGCAAAUUGGCCAUUUUAUAGCUCUUUCACAUGUUUUUCUUACAUUAUUUCUCAAAGAAAGGGUUGUAGGAUCCUCAUCUUCUAGGAGCAGAGGGAGAGGCAUAGUGACACAUAGUGACAUAGUGAUAUGCCUUAAGAUCACAUAUUUAGUAAACAGUUUUAAUUGAGGUCCAGAACUAGUUCCUCUGUCUCUCACAUCUCUUCUGUCACUUAAAAUAUUCAUUGGAAAGUCCUCCUGACUCAUGUUGGUGUGAUUAAAACUUAGAGGAAAAGUUCACAUAGUUAAUAGUGAUAUCAAAACAAUACUGUUGGAUUCAUACUUUGGUAGCUUUGAGCUGCUAUUUGAAAUAUUUCAGAUAGGGGAACAUACAUUUGUAGAAUACUUUGCACUAUAACCUACAGCUUAAUUUUUCAUUAAGAUUUAGUACUCUGAUUAUUUCAAUAGAGAGAAAUUAAUGUCAGUAAAUUAUAAGCAAUAGAGAUUAUCUUGGAGAUUUGAAAUAACAGUAUGAAAUUAUUAGGUACUACAUAAAUUCCUUGAAAUUGGUAAGUGUCCCUCUUUAAUUGGUAUGUAACAUUCAAAUGACUAGUUUUAUUUGUGUGGAGUUUUUCUAUGUCUUUUUUGUUUGCUCAGGCAAAUGAGGUAAUGUUUUCUCAAAAAAUUCACUAGAAGGAAGUAUUCAGAUCUUCUGAUUUGUGGUUUGGAAGUGACAAUGUAGUAUAACAAAGGUAGGAGAUAACUAUCAAAACAAAAUAGAAGUAACAUAUUAGGAGAUUUGCAUCUUUAUCCUAAUGAAUACUAUGUGGUUCUAAGCCUUGCUUUCUACAGCAUGUUGUUGACUUUCCCCCAUUUUGUUUGUUUUUAAAGUGCUUAGACUAAACACGAUUCUAAUAAUAAUGAUCAUUUCUUAUUCAAGAAAGUUCUUUCAAUUAAAUAGUUGUUAAAAGCUGUUUUAAAAUUUUUGAAUGUGUCAUUCUUUUUUCAUAUGCAAUAUGAAUUGAAUUUCAAGUUAAUAGUUUAUAAGUAAAAGUUUACUUACCAUAAUGUCAUCAGGUAAUGACUUUUAGCUCACAAUGUCUAGAAGCAGCUACUACUAAGAAUAAUUCAUUUUACUUCUCUUUUUUGUAAGAUCAGAUUUUAAAUGAGAUGUUUAUCUUAAACUAUUUUAUUUUAAGGAAAAAUUAUGUUUUUGAGUUGGGGUAAAAAGACUGUUAAACAUUAUUCUUAAAAUUCUUAUUUUUACAUUAUAACAAAAUAUAUUUGUGAUGCACUUGUAUCAAAAAUGUAACUUCUACAUACCAGAUCUAAUAUCAAAGUAAAACUUUUCACUUGUCAGCUGAAAUUUCUAAUUAGAAUUUCCAUUUGUGUGUAUUUCUGUGUCUGCUUAGAAAACCAAUUUCAUACUGGAUUUUUAAAAUUCUUAAUUUGGAUAUAGUGGAGUGAUUCAAAGUUACUAUAGGGAUAAAAAUGAUACUUUCCAUGUUUUUAAAUGUUUAUAGUUCUUUUUUAAACAUAUUUAGCACAGACUAAAUUGAAUAACAUAAUAUAGUCUUAUAUUUGACCUAACAAUCUCAUAUGUUAAUUUAACAGAUAUAUGGCACGUUUUUCAUAGCUAAAUCUAACUCUUCUUAGAAGGACCAUGUUGCCUUCUGUUUAAUUACAUUAAUUGAAAUGUGUUUAAGAGAUGUUUUCAGCAUAUUUUGUAUACUAAAAAAAAGGAUUAGUAUUGGGCCAGUGGCCCAAAAGGUAAUAUUGCUACCAUGUAGACUGUUACAGUUCAAAUUGUCCCACCUCCCUCCAGGAUUUUUGAAAUUAGAAAUCUGGGAGAUGCUGUAUCAGCUGUAGUUGGGUGACUAAAUGCUGUAAGUAUUGUUCAUCUUUUAAUUGUUGUAUGAGGCGAAACAAACACCAUAUUGCAAAAGAUACAGAAUUUCAUUAUGUAAUGGUUGGUUGUAGACAUAACAGCAAGCCAUGUCUGUGUAUUUUGUCUUAUAUUUUCUUUUAGCUCUAAACUAAAAAAAGAUUUUGGAAAAUUAUUUGGAGCCAGGUGUGGUGGCACAUGCUUGUAAUCCCAGCACUUGGGAAGCUGAGGCAAGAUUAUGAGUUUGAGGCCAGCCUGGGCUACAUAUAAAGUUCAGAGUCAGCCUGGAGUACACAGCAAGUCCCUGUCUCAAAAAGAAAAAAAGAUUUGGAGUGCUUGCUAAUUGACAUAACCCACUUGAUGAGAUAUUUGAAUAAUUGUACUAUUACACUCUCACCCUCAAAUUAUAACUGUGGAAUGUAGAAUGUGAAAAUAUAUGUGGCAUUUAAUUUUUUGCUUGUAUUAUGUAGUGGCCUCCAUCAUGGCAUAUUUAUUAAAUUCACUAAUUGAGAAAUUCUGUAACUAUUAUUGCUAUUUAUAUAAAAAUAUGCUUAUGAUAAUAGCAAAUAAAUAGAAAUGCCCCCAAAAGCUAUUUUUUUAAUUCAGUUAUAACUGUCACUCCUGUAUUUGUGUAAGACAAAGUUAAGUUUGUAAAUAUUUUAGCAUGAAAAAUAAAAUUUGUAUCUGUCAAA